CAUGCGUGCGAUUCGUGAGCCGAGCGCUUUGUUCAUUAAUAUUCAUAGGGGGAGAGAGAAAGAGAAAACGCCGGUGAAAAAAGAAGCUGUACGAAUGGAUGAAAAUCCUGAGUUUAAUACAUUCAUUAGUGAGAACACCACAUUUCACAAUACGACCUCGGUCAUCUGAUAAUCGGUCGUCCGCAGCAGCAAGAGGGAAAGAUAUUACGUUGUUUUUUGGCAAGUACACUUCCUUGAGCGUCUGGUCAUCAUUUUUUUGUUUAAUUUAUUGCUUCUCCCAGACAGCUAUGUGUCCGAAAGGAGAGAACUCGAAGACGGGUUCGACCACGAGCGCGACGUACACCUGGGAGGAAGUCAAGAAACACACCAAGGCCGAUGACAGGUGGUUGGUGAUCGAUGGCGAUGUCUAUGACGUCACAAAAUGGACCAACCGACAUCCCGGAGGAAGGAGGUUGAUAAGUCAUUACUCGGGUCAAGAUGCAACGGAUGCAUUUGGUGCCUUCUCCACGUAUAAUCAUCGUGAUCGUCAUUACGUCAAUAAAUAUCUCAAAUUGUAUCGCAUUGGCCGGGUCGACGGUUACGGUAGGAGAAGUGAGCUUGCAAACGACUUCGAGAAUAUGAGAGAACUUACAAAGAAAAUGGAUCUAUACAAGCCAAAUUUCUGGUUCUAUGCGUUCCAGCUCGGCCACAUCCUCGCCCUCGAAAUCCUUGCCUAUGCCAGCAUCCGUUUCCUCGGGGCCAACAUCUUUUCAUUCCUCCUGGCCGGUCUACUGAUCGGAACCAGCCAAACACAAGGGGCGUGGCUCAACCACGAUUUCGGCCACCUGUCCGUCUUUAAGUCAACCAAACUUAACUACAUCUUGCAGGUGUUGGUUUUCGCUGGGAUUCAGGGCGCACCAGCUUCUUGGUGGAAGUAUCGUCAUUACCAGCACCAUGCAAAACCUAAUGUGAUCAACAAGGACCCUGAUAUCAAGAUGGAGAUCUUUUUUCUUGUAGGCGACACGGUACCGAAGGAAGUGGCUAAAGCAAAGACAGGCUUUAUGCCUUACCAGCAUCAGCAUAAAUACUUUCCUUUUCUUUUGCCGAUAUUUUUAAUUCCUGUCUACUACACCUUUGAGUUUUUCCGUUACGUCAUAAAACGAAAGGAGUGGGUGGAGCUGACCUUAAUGAUCCUUUUCUUCGUCCGGCAUUUCUACCUCUUCGCGCCGUACCUCGGAUACGUCGGGGCUUUUCUCCUCUUCAUGCUCGGAAGGACUGUUCAGAGCACGUGGUUUGUGUGGGUGAGUCAAGCAAACCAUAUCCCGAUGGCCGUUGAACACGAUGAAGCAGAGAGACACUGGGUCCAUCUACAGAUGCAUGCAACAUGUAACUUAGAAUCGUCAAUCUUCAUUGAUUGGUUUACCGGGCAUCUUAAUUAUCAAGUUGAACAUCAUCUUUUCCCCACGAUGCCUAGACAUAACCUUCAUAAGAUAAGACCUUAUGUGCAAUCGAUGUGCGAGAAACACAAUAUUCCUUAUAUCAGGAAACCAUUCUGGACUGCUAUGGCUGAUAUCCUUCGGUCUUUGAAGAAAUCAGGCAAUAUGUGGUACGAGCUGUAUCACAUGCUUGACCCAGCCAAUGACCACUGACGAUCUCUAUCACAUGCUUGACCCCGCCAGCCAAUGACCACUUACGAGCUCUAUCACAUUUUUCUGGGGUGGACUUGACCUUUAAACAUCUGGACCAGCGUUCAUUAUUUUUGCCUAGCAAUUUUCCAGUGAUGGCAAAUACUUGCACGCCGUGUUGCUCCCAAUUGGACCCAUAUUAUCAUGAUUUUAUUUUUUAAAAUGCAAGGGAUUUUCGCGGCCUUUUUGAAGAAAAAUUGUAAGGAAAAUAAGGAAGUACUCACGAGUAAAAGAAAUAUAUAUGGAUAUGUAUAUAUGAAAAUUAUGGAAAGCAUUUGUCUCGUUGCAAAAUCAUUGUGUUGAUUUUAUUAAUUUUCAAUUAAACCUUGGAGAUAAAAUACCUACAUGCUUUUCUGAACAAUUUUGAUUUGGUUUGGAUUCCCCAUACCGUCAUGUUGAGAGAUUUUCCUACCAAAAAAAUGCAUCGGUACCAAAUAUCUUUCUAUUGUCUAUGUUUAUAUACAUGCAAAGCAAACUUGUUAAAGGCUCGCUAUGUUAAGUAUCAGUAUCAAUUCUUGCUUUUGCUAUCAAGCGAUUCUUCGAUAUGCGUAAAUUACCUUGUUUGAACCAUCAACAAAAUUGAUGUUACUCAAUUUGUUUGUUUUAACAGUAAUAUGAGUAUUAUGCCUCGUCUAUGCCUUGACAUUUAAAUGAGUCAUGUUUUACUAAUGUAACUGAACAGGUCUUAGGCUAUUCAUACAUACACUGUAAAAACGCUGUUUAAAAUUUUAAGGACGUUGUUUAAGCCUGUCACUCUAACAGCUACUGU